AUGAAAGUAGUAUGGUUUAUAAUGGCGGUACCAAGACACGCUUUCACCUUCUGGGCAGCCAACCUCAUAGACUUCCUCUACUCUCUCCAGGUUCUCUCACGUUUGGGUGAAUCAAACUUGACUUUUGGGUCUUGGCAAAAUCUAUUGUCUUGGCUUCAAUCUCGUCCACCAACAGGACACUCGAAAAUCCUCCGACACUCCGCAGCUCAGGCAACUGUCUAUCUUCUAUGGAAGGAGAGAAACUGCAGAUUCCAUUCUUCUAUUGCUUUGGCACCGUCACAGAUUUUCCGUCAGAUUGAUAGAGCAAUCAAAGACACCCUCUUAGCUCGAAGAUACCGCAAGGGUGGCAAUCUCCUCUUAUCGGAGUGGUUCACCUAUAGCUAG